AUGAUGAGCGUCGAAAACCAUUUCACCCGUGACGACAAAUUGCUUUUCUGGAGAUUUCUGACCUACACUAUUUCGGAACUAAUGGCGAAUCAUGCGGCUGGAUACAUGCCCGACAUUUUGGACAGCAAAUUCAAAAAGCACCCGAUACUUUUGUGGCGCAUUUUAAAUGACACUUGCUACAUAUACGAGCAUAAAAAAGAGCUUUCAAAGAAAGACGGAGAUUAUUCAUCAUACAAUUGCCACGGAUGUGCAAAAGAAAAGAAGAAAUUUGUU